GUAAACCAAACACCUUUCCAAAAGCAAUCGAUAAUGGCGAUGGCCACUCCUGCGCUCUCUUUCGCCUCUCCUAUUCUCAAGCAGAAUACCGCUGCUCCAAAGCCAAACACCGCCCUUUCUUCUCUCUUUUCUCCAGCCUUCGUCGCCGGACGCUCGGCCGCAGUCCCGCUGCCGUCUCUGUCUUUCCGAUCAACGCCGAGAGCGGCGGCAGCAGCGGCGGAGGCCGUGGCCGAGGCCACCACCGCCGUGACUCCGGGGAAGUCUCUUCCGUUCCGAGUCGGCCACGGCUUCGAUCUCCACCGGUUGGAGCCUGGAUACCCUCUCAUCAUCGGCGGCAUCGACAUUCCUCACGAUAGAGGCUGCGAAGCUCAUUCAGAUGGUGAUGUGCUGCUUCACUGUGUUGUCGAUGCUAUUCUGGGUGCUUUAGGGCUUCCAGACAUUGGCCAGAUCUUUCCCGAUUCUGAUCCCAAAUGGAAAGGUGCAGCCUCGUCAGUUUUCAUCAAAGAAGCUGUGAGACUGAUGAACGAGGCAGGUUAUGAGCUAGGCAACUUAGAUGCCACUCUGAUUCUUCAAAGGCCAAAGCUGAGCCCACACAAGGAGGCUAUCAGGGCCAAUUUAUCUAGGCUGCUUGGAGCAGACCCUUCUGUCGUAAACUUGAAAGCCAAAACUCACGAAAAGGUCGACAGCCUCGGGGAAAAUAGGAGCAUUGCAGCACAUACUGUUGUUCUUCUCAUGAGAAAAUAGAGACAGGGUCUUCUCCACACUAGUAAGUCUCGUGUAUUAAAAUUGGCACCUUGUCUUUCUGCAUACUAGGAUCCAAUAGCUUGCUUAUUCUUUAAGAGUUUUAACAGUCUACAGAAUGCCCCAAAUAUAAAAAAUGGGGAUUCCAUCAUACUUGUCUGUAUCCAUAAUUUGAAACCAGAAUUUAAAAUUUAGCCUUUUCCAAGUUCAAAUGCAGUUGUUUGUGCUCAUGCUUUUAUCA